AUGAAACAUAGGAGAGUUGUCGAGAUAAUAACUAUUAACAAUUCAAAUGACCCCGAAGACAAUAACGAAAACAAACAAUCUGGGCAGAAGAAAACCAGCAACUACUCAGAGCAGGAGGACGUCGAGCUGUGCCGAGCAUGGGUCCAAAUUUCUGAAGAUCCCGUCGUUGGGACCAACCAGGAGGGCAGUACGUUUUGGGUACGCAUCGAGAAGCUAUACCGAGAGGCAACUCCAAACUCUCCAAGCCGACCUGUCGGCAGCAUCAAGUCUCGCUGGGCUCUAUUGCAAAAGAGCAUCAACAAAUUCCGGGGUUGUGUGGUCCAGGUCGAAUCAUUCAACGCGAGUGGGACCUCGGCCGAAGAUCAGUUGAACCGCGCACUCCGGUUAUUCACCGAGGACCAAAAAUGCAGUUUCAAACACUUGCGAUGCUACAAUCUUCUUGUCCGGAGCCCGAAAUGGAACCAAUACAUCCGCGAUAACGAGAGGAAGGCCGCUGCUGCGAAGCGCAAAAGGGCGGUGACUCCGACUCCUGUUGCCGAGGUUGCCCCCUCAACUCCAUCGGCAUCAAACACCAGGGGCGCUUCCCCUGGAUUUUCAACCCCUGCUCCAUCUACACCGGCGGGCUCGAAUGCAGCUUCAGAAAGAAGGCCAAAACCCUCCUUCAUGAUCGCGACUCAAUCAAAGAUUCAAACCGAGAUUCUCGGUAAGGAUUCUGAAUCGUUGAAGUUGAUGGCUGAGAGCGGGGCUCUCGCGUUGGAAGCGGCCAUCAUGACUCGCGAUCUGACUGGCCUGGACCACGAGCAGCGAGAGUUUUUUAUGCUCAAGAGGAGAGAUAUCGUUUCCGCUCUCCGAGCUCGUGUCACCGCCAACGCCACCAGUGCGAUCACUAGGGCUGAGUAG